AUGAGCUCUCCCAAACAAGCAAGUUCCUCCUCUCGUAAUACGCCAGGGACUCCAGGUCGUGCAGCAAGCGGCUGGACUGAGGGUGAGACUACGCAAGGCUUGCUGCUCAUGCUGCUCGCUAGCGGCAAUCUCUCGCUUAGCAAAGACAAGAAGGCAAUCAUCAGCAAGAUGCUGGGUCGCAGCGAAAAAUCUGUCGAGAUGUGGUGGCAUGGCAAAAUGCGCAAGCUCUUGUCAGAGCUGGAAGCUCGGGUCGGCAAGGACUGA